UCAAAAGAGGCGGCGGGAAUGCGGUGCUUGCUGCAGCUAGAACAGUUAGGAGGGGUGGGAUCCUGAACAUGGCGGAUCUCAGUAGUCCCGACGGCGACCCGACCAUACGUACGCUCUUGCGGCACGUGCUGGAUACAGCGGAUUCGCACACUCCGAGACGACGCCAGAGCACUCAGACGAAUCCACAAAGAAGAAGGUCUCAAACGCCGUACUCUAAGAGGCAGGGUAGCCAGAGAAAGACGAGUACCAGAAAGCAUUCGCAUGGAACUGGGUCUGUUGGUAGAUUGGCUCGAGUUCAAGGUCAUGGGCACCUGGAGGAACAGACACCCCGGACUCUGCUGCAGAAUAUCUUGCUAACUGCCCCAGAAUCUUCCACUGUGAUGCCAAACCCAGUGGUGAAGCCAGCACAAGUACCAGAAGUGGCCAGGCCCUCCAGACGGGGAAGCAGUCGGGGAAGCCUGGAGUUACAACUUCCUGAGCUGGACCCCCCCUCAACCCUGGCUCCAGGUCUAAAAGCCCCUGGCAAAAGGAAGCAAAAGCUGAGACUGUCUGUAUUUCAGCAGGAAGUGAACCAACAGUUGCCUCUCCCCCAAGAGCAACGUGGGGCUGCUGAUGGUUCGUCCCUGGCCAGCUCCUUCAACCUCAGCUUUGUCCCAUCUGUCCAGCCCCAGACAGUGGACAGACCUGGUCUGGCUCGCAGGCGUCCGGUACGCCGACCUGUGAAUAUCGGUGCUUUUUUGCAGAAUCUGGAAAAUAAAUCCUUAACCUCUGCUCUUCCAGGUGACAGUCAUAGAACGCCUGUUGCUGCUCUGCCAACGGAUGUAGUGUUUGAAGACACACAGCCUUUCUCACAGCCCUUAGCUGGCUGUUCCCUUAGUGUGCAUCACUCUCUGCCCAACCCUUCUCAAACUGAGGUUGAAGAUGCUGAAAGAGUUGUGGGCCCCAGGACACCAAGCACUGGGACUAGGCCGCAGAGCCAAAUGAGCAGAGCUGGCUUUGGUGCCUCUCCUUUGCCCUUCUCAGAGCCACAGCCUCAGUCUCCAGAACUAAGAGAAGCAGUGGGAUCCAAGGAGGCUGAAGAGCCCAAGGAUUUAGAAGGAUCUUCAGGGGAUGAGGAAACUUCUGGCAUGCCAGCAAGUCGAGAAUUAUCCUCCAGCGCCCAGGACUUACUCCUAGCCGAAGAGCCACAUCAAUUAUUUGAGCCACCCCCAUCACCUGGAGUUGCAGCGGUUUCUCUGUAUACUCCUAGCUAUCCUGAAACUCAAUCAAUAGAGGCUGGCCUUGAAUUCAGAUUCUUCUGCCCUGAUUCCCCAGUGCUGGGCUUGAAGCGUAUCUUCCGAGUCUGUGCCAGCCAAGCUUCCGUCCAGGACCCGCACUGCACAGCCCAGGCACCACCAAGACCCCUACAAGGCCGGACUGAGCCACUAUGUGAAGCUCUUCAGUUUCCAUACUAAGAUGCCCGUGGAGAAAGCGGCUCUUGAGAUGGUAGAGAAGUGGUGAGUCUAGCAUGUGAGUGGGUACAGGUGCCAUUUCACAGACAGACUCUUCAGUUUGUUCUAUUGCAACCUUCUUGGCAGCCUAGACGAGUAUUUCCAGCGCCUUUGCAAUGAUCUGGAGGUAUUUGCUGCUCAUGCCGGCCGUAAGACUGUGAAGCCAAAGGACUUAGAGCUGCUGAUGCGACGGUAAGUGCACAUAAAAGGGAGGCUGAGUAUGAGAGGGCUGGUGUUAAUUCUGUUUGAUCCUCUUUUCCUCUCAUACAGACAGGGACUAGUCACUGAUCAAGUCUCGCUGCAUGUGCUUGUGGAGCGGUACCUGCCCUUGGAGUACCGGCAACAACUUAUCCCCUGUGCAUUCAGAGGCAAUUCUGUCUUUCCUGCACAGUAGGACCAGGCCUUAGCUGGCACCUACUCUCCCUACCUUGGGCAUCUAAACAAUUGUCAAGGUUCCUCAUCUCCUAGCACCAAUAAACUCUCACAAAUGA